AAUUGGCAGCACGGGAUCUGAGACUUCCAAAAAAUGAAGCUGGCGGCGGGACUGUGGGUCUGGGGCAGCCUUCUAGUGGCGGCGGGGACCGUCCAGCGCAGCGCUUCUCAGUCAGUAUGUGCAGGGACAGAGAACAAACUGAGCUCUCUCUCUGACCUGGAGCAGCAGUACCGAGCCUUGCGCAAAUACUAUGAGAACUGCGAGGUAGUCAUGGGCAACCUGGAGAUCACCAGCAUCGAGCACAACCGGGACCUCUCCUUCUUGCGGUCCAUUCGAGAAGUAACAGGCUAUGUGUUAGUGGCUCUUAAUCAGUUUCGAUACCUGCCUCUGGAAAACUUACGUAUUAUUCGUGGGACAAAACUUUAUGAGGAUCGUUAUGCACUGGCAAUAUUUUUAAACUACAGAAAAGAUGGAAAUAUUGGACUUCAGGAACUUGGAUUGAAGAACCUGACAGAAAUCCUGAAUGGUGGAGUCUAUGUGGACCAGAACAAAUUCCUUUGUUAUGCAGACACAAUUCACUGGCAAGAUAUCGUUCGGAAUCCAUGGCCUUCCAACUUGACUCUGGUGUCAACAAAUGGUAGCUCGGGAUGUGGACGUUGCCAUAAGUCCUGUACUGGCCGAUGCUGGGGACCCACAGAAAAGCAUUGCCAGACUUUGACGAGGACGGUGUGUGCAGAGCAAUGUGAUGGCAGGUGCUAUGGCCCCUACGUCAGUGAUUGCUGCCAUCGAGAAUGUGCUGGAGGCUGCUCAGGGCCCAAGGACACCGACUGCUUUGCCUGCAUGAAUUUCAAUGACAGUGGAGCAUGUGUUACUCAGUGUCCCCAAACUUUUGUCUACAAUCCAACAACCUUUCAGUUGGAACACAAUUUCAAUGCCAAGUACACAUAUGGAGCAUUCUGUGUCAAGAAAUGUCCACAUAACUUUGUGGUAGAUUCCAGCUCUUGUGUACGUGCCUGCCCUAGUUCCAAAAUGGAAGUAGAAGAAAAUGGGAUUAAGAUGUGUAAACCUUGUACUGAUAUUUGCCCAAAAGCAUGUGAUGGGAUUGGCACAGGAUCGUUGAUGUCAGCUCAGACUGUGGAUUCCAGUAACAUUGACAAAUUUAUAAACUGUACCAAGAUCAAUGGGAAUUUGAUCUUCCUUGUCACUGGCAUUCAUGGGGAUCCAUAUAAUGCAAUUGAAGCUAUAGAUCCGGAGAAACUAAAUGUCUUUCGUACAGUGAGAGAGAUAACAGGUUUCUUGAACAUACAAUCAUGGCCUCCAAACAUGACUGAUUUCAGUGUUUUUUCCAACUUGGUCACUAUUGGUGGAAGAGUACUCUACAGUGGCCUCUCCUUGCUUAUCCUCAAGCAACAGGGCAUCACUUCUCUGCAGUUCCAGUCUUUGAAGGAAAUCAGUGCAGGGAACAUCUACAUAACCGACAACAGUAACUUGUGUUAUUAUCAUACCAUUAAUUGGACAAUGCUCUUCAGUACUCUCAACCAAAGAAUAGUUAUCCGGGACAAUAGGAAAGCUGAAAACUGCACUGCAGAAGGAAUGGUGUGCAACCAUCUGUGUUCCAGUGAUGGCUGUUGGGGACCAGGACCAGACCAGUGCUUGUCCUGCCGACGUUUCAGUAGGGGGAGGACCUGCAUAGAGUCUUGUAACCUCUACGAUGGUGAAUUUCGGGAGUUUGAGAACGGUUCCAUCUGUGUAGAGUGUGACCCCCAGUGUGAGAGGAUGGAUGAAGGUAUCCUCACGUGCCAUGGACCGGGACCUGACAACUGUACUAAGUGUUCCCAUUUUAAAGAUGGUCCAAACUGUGUAGAGAAGUGUCCCGAUGGCUUACAGGGAGCAAACAGUUUCAUUUUCAAGUAUGCCGAUCAGGAUCGAGAAUGCCACCCUUGUCACCCAAACUGUACUCAAGGGUGUAGCGGUCCCACUAGUCAUGACUGCAUUUACUACCCAUGGACGGGCCAUUCCACUUUACCACAACAUGCUAGAACGCCCCUGAUUGCAGCCGGAGUCAUUGGUGGGCUCUUCAUCAUGGUCAUUAUGGGUCUGACCUUUGCAGUUUACGUUAGAAGGAAAAGCAUCAAAAAGAAAAGAGCCUUGAGAAGAUUCUUGGAGACUGAGUUGGUCGAACCCUUAACUCCCAGCGGUACGGCACCCAAUCAGGCUCAACUCCGAAUUUUGAAAGAAACUGAGCUCAAGAGAGUCAAAGUACUUGGCUCUGGUGCUUUUGGAACUGUUUAUAAGGGCAUCUGGGUACCUGAAGGAGAAACAGUGAAGAUCCCUGUGGCUAUUAAGAUUCUCAAUGAAACAACAGGUCCAAAAGCCAAUGUGGAGUUCAUGGAUGAAGCGCUGAUCAUGGCAAGUAUGGACCAUCCGCAUCUUGUUCGAUUGCUGGGCGUGUGUCUGAGCCCAACGAUUCAGCUGGUUACACAGCUCAUGCCCCAUGGAUGCCUGUUGGACUAUGUCCAUGAGCACAAGGAUAACAUCGGUUCACAGUUGCUGCUUAACUGGUGUGUCCAGAUAGCUAAGGGAAUGAUGUACCUGGAAGAAAGACGGCUUGUUCAUCGGGAUUUGGCAGCCCGAAAUGUCUUAGUGAAAUCUCCAAAUCACGUGAAAAUCACAGAUUUUGGGCUGGCCAGACUCUUGGAAGGAGAUGAAAAAGAAUAUAAUGCUGAUGGAGGGAAGAUGCCAAUUAAAUGGAUGGCACUGGAAUGUAUACACUACAGAAAAUUUACCCAUCAGAGUGACGUUUGGAGUUAUGGAGUCACUAUUUGGGAACUAAUGACAUUUGGAGGAAAGCCCUACGAUGGAAUUCCAACCCGAGAAAUUCCUGAUUUACUAGAGAAGGGGGAACGUUUGCCUCAGCCUCCCAUCUGCACCAUUGAUGUUUAUAUGGUCAUGGUCAAAUGUUGGAUGAUUGAUGCUGACAGCAGACCUAAAUUCAAGGAACUGGCUGCUGAAUUCUCCAGGAUGGCUCGAGACCCUCAGAGAUACCUCGUUAUUCAGGGUGAUGAUCGUAUGAAACUUCCCAGUCCAAAUGACAGCAAGUUCUUUCAGAAUCUGUUAGAUGAAGAGGAUUUAGAAGACAUGAUGGAUGCUGAGGAGUACCUGGUCCCUCAGGCCUUCAACAUCCCCCCUCCCAUCUACACUUCCAGAGCAAGAAUUGACUCAAAUAGGAGUGAAAUUGGACACAGCCCUCCUCCUGCCUACACCCCUAUGUCAGGAAACCAGUUUGUAUACAGAGAUGGAGGCUUUGCUCCAGAACACGGGGUGCCUGUUCCCUACAGAGCCACAACCAGCACCAUCCCUGAAGUUCCAGUGACUCAGGGUGCUACAGCCGAGAUCUUUGAUGACACCUGCUGCAAUGGUACCCUGCGUAAGCCUGUGGCACCCCACGUCCAAGAGGAGAGCAGCACACAGAGGUACAGUGCAGACCCUACUGCAUUUGCCCCGGAACGGAGCCCACGAGGAGAGCUGGAUGAAGAGGGUUACAUGACUCCCAUGCGAGACAAACCCAAGCAAGAAUACUUGAACCCUGUGGAAGAGAAUCCCUUCGUGUCUCGGAGGAAAAACAGCGACCUUCAAGUUUUGGAUAAUCCUGAAUACCACAGUGCUUCCAGCGGUCCACCCAAGGCAGAAGAUGAGUAUGUGAACGAGCCACUGUACCUCAACACCUUUGCCAAUGCCUUGGGGAAUGCCGAGUACCUGAAGAACAACAUACUGUCUGUGCCAGAGAAGGCCAAGAAAGCUUUCGACAACCCUGACUACUGGAACCACAGCCUGCCACCUCGGAGCACCCUUCAUCACCCAGACUACCUGCAGGAGUACAGCACAAAAUAUUUUUAUAAGCAGAAUGGACGCAUCCGGCCCAUGGUGGCAGAGAAUCCUGAAUACCUCUCUGAGUUCUCCCUGAAGCCAGGCACUGUGCUGCCUCCGCCACCCUACAGACACCGAAACACUGUGGUGUAAGCUCAGCAGUUACUUUUAGAUGGUGAGACACACCCACUCCAAUCUCC